AUGGAGCGGCACUUCCUCGGCUGUGUGAAGCAGGCUGGGGAUUGCCCAGAGGUGGCGUCAGAGUCCCAGCCUCCGACGAUCCUGAGCUCAGAAGAUCGCGGUCCGUGGCCUGUCCCCGUGUACCCUGUUCUGUAUACUGAGCUCUCAUGCGACAGCGGUGAUAGCUGUGGGAAUCUGCUUUCCAGUCCCUGCUUUCCCUGCCUUCGCUGGGUCGGCCUGCAAGACGGGCUCUGUCCCCCUGUCCGGAGCACUUUG